AUGGGCGAUUUCGGAGAAGAUUCCGAUGACAGCGAUGGAGAGGGCGGCAUGGGGAACGUCAGUAGAAUCAUAAUGCGACCGCCAGGUCAUAGCGGGAAGGCCAAGAAGGGCCAUCUUUGCUUCGAUGCAUCGUUCGAAACGGGAAAUUUGGGAAGGGUGGAUCUGGUCAACGAAUACGAAUACGAUUUGUUCAUUCGGCCGGAUACGUGCAGUCCCAAGCUUAGGUUUUGGUUCAAUUUUACCGUAGAUAACGUUAAAUUAGAUCAAAGAGUUAUAUUCAAUAUUGUAAAUAUAAGUAAAGAGAGGAAUUUAUUUAUGGAAAACAUGACACCUUUAGUGAAAUCGACUAGCAGGCAGCAAUGGCAGAGAAUUCCAAAACAAUACGUUUUCUAUCACAAAUCCCCCUUACAUCACGGCCAUUACGUGCUUAGUUUUUCCUUCGGUUUUGAUAAAGAGGAGGACAUUUUCCACUUUUGCUUAGCGCCUCCUUACAGCUAUACUAAAUUACAAACGUUUCUAAGCAUUUUGGAAAAGAAAUCGCUUUACCUCGAACAAAAUUACAACAGGGAAAUCCUCGGAAACAGUGUGCAAAAAAGACGCUUGGACCUAAUAACAAUCGGAUCGUUGGACAGAAACGAUCCAAAAUCGAAGAGAAGGGUCAUAGUAAUAAUGGCUAGGGUGCAUCCAGGUGAAUCGCCUUCAAGUUUCGUUUGUCAGGGAUUACUAGAAUUGCUGGUUAGCUCGAAUUCUGUGGCUACCACGCUCAGGGAACAUGUGAUAUUCAAGGUGAUUCCGAUGAUGAAUCCGGACGGAGUAUUUUUAGGGAAUUAUAGGAGCACCGUGCUGGGAGCGGAUUUGAACAGGUCCUGGAACGUUGCUAACGAAUGGUGUCAUCCGACAAUAAGAGCUGUGAUCGACAUGCUAGUGAGAAUAGACAAGAAUAAAGAGUUCCAAUUAGAUUUUAUAAUAGAUAUCCACGCUAAUUCUAGCCUGAAGGGAUGUUUCAUAUACGGGAACAGUUACGAGGACGUUUACAGGUACGAGAGGCACAUUUUAUUUCCGAAACUGCUAGCCAAUAACCUCGACGACUACGUACCCGAGAACACGAUGUUUAAUUCAGAUAUAAGCAAAGUGGGAACAGCUAGAAGAUAUUUAUGCUCUAUUUUGAACGAUAAAGUCAAUUGCUACACAUUCGAGGUCUCCAUAUACGGGUACACCACCAAGGGUUCAGAAAUCAUCUUACCGUACACAGAAGACAAUUAUAAAAAGUGCGGCCGAAACUUAGUGAAAACAUUCCUGGAGUAUUACCACAGCACGGGCGCUAUACCGCUCCUGAUGGGCUCGGAAAUAGUCCAGAAAAUGCGCAAACCUCGGCUAGCAGACAUCAGAAGGCGGAACAAGAGAAGGCUGCAGCGGCCUUUGACGAGCAGGACCUUGGCGGCGUUGCAUUUCAAAAAUUUGAACAUCAGCGACUACGACUCGUCCUUCGACGAGCUGACGUUCAGCCAUAGGAAUCAGAAAAUCACCUUCGACAGAUUCGCGGACCAGUUCAAUUCGAGAGGAGAGAGCCGGACGGGCGGGAAAUGCCGGAAUACGCCCGUCUCGGCGGCCGCUAUGGCCGAUCCUGAGCCUACGCUUUCUAUUAUAGAUUUUAAUUUGGUCAUUAGAGACGACAUUAGCGCUUGCAAUCGGGCGAAACUGAAAAAAUAG